GCUUUCAUAACUAGCUCGUGCUUCGCCACUGGUGAUCGUCACUUAAUCGUGCGUGCACUUUACGUUUUAAAUUAUUAACAAACAACAAAAUUAAAAAGGUUACAAGUACUUGGGAGAACUUGACAUCAGUUAUUUAUAACCAAGUCAAAUUUUAUGUUGUUUACCAAACAAAGUUUUUAUGAACUCAAGUGAAAACAAGUGACUGUUAAGUGUUUGUCGAAAUGAAGUGUUACACAAAACUGUUGAUUUUAUUGCUGGUGAAUACGUUGGCCGAAUGUGAUGGAAGCCACUUUAAUGCGACAGCGUUCGCGGAGGCUCCCCCGCUAUACGCGCUGGACGAGUGGUCUCAGUGCCAGCGUGCUGAGGAUGUCUACUGCAUCGUGCACGCCGCGCUCACGCCUGCCAACAGCCCGCUGUAUGAUUUGCUACAGGAAUACUCAGCCGACACCCAGAAACACUACAACCGCACUCUAGUACACCGCGGCAUCUGCGUGUCGCGCUGCGGCGGCCAGGGGCCCGACACCUGGCAUGAUGCUGCGCAGCUCUGCGUCAACCAGAACCUCGCCCGAUACGACCUGCAGGCAGAAGUACUAUCGGUGGAGUGGUGCAACAAACCGAUCCCUAAGCUCAGCGCUUCAGCAUUUGCCUUCAACAUCGUGCUGCUGAUCUUGCUUGGUGCAACCUUCCUAACUACUGGCUUACAUGUUUUGGGGAAAUACUGUGGGAGAUUCCAAGAAAACAGAUACAUCCUGGCAUUUUCAAUCAAAAACAACUGGAAGAUAUUAACGCACAUACGGUCGAAUCCAAAAGAAGAAGAUCGUACGAGAGAUUUAAGCAGCUUAGAAGGAAUUCGGUUCCUUGGAACUUUGGGUGUCAUCUCUACCCACGUGACUAUUGUCUAUAUUUAUUCCUUCAUCGACAAUCCUGAGUUCAUUGAAAGUAUGUUUGAUCACAUCCCAACUCAAGUAGCUUUCAACUCUCCGAUCUGGAUGCAGGUGUUCUUUUCCAUUUCCGGAUUCCUCACCGCGUACUUCACUCUCAUCUACUCGGAGAAGAGGUCACUCACGUUUGGAAAAUGCUUACUUUCUGUGAUCAAUAGGUUUAUGAGGCUCACUCCAGUAGCGAUGGCUGGGUUAUGGUUCACGAUCGCAUUCCCACGGCUGGGCACGGGCCCGCAGUGGCAGCUGUUGGUGGAGCGGGAGUCCCACCACUGCUCCGAGCGCUGGUGGUACCAUCUGCUGUACGUGCACAACCAUCUGACGCUGGGGAAAUUCUGUAUGGGACAUACGUGGUAUUUGGCAGUAGAUAUGCAGCUCCACAUCCUCGGCUCAAUUCUAUUGCUGAUCUUCGUGAAGUGGAGGAAAGCUGUGGCGCCAGUCAUAUCUGUGUUGGUUACCUUCUCCAUCGUCGCCUCUGGUCUGAUCGUGUACUUCUACAACUUGUCGCCAAUUAUAACUGCACAAAACCCUGAGGUUGUAAGCAACAUGUUCAAAGACUCAAACUUGAUGACUAAACUCUAUCUGCCGGUAUGGACAAAUCUUUCUGGAUACUUGUUCGGGUUUGCAGUCGCAUUCAUCUACUAUAACAACCAAGAAAAGGGAUUCAUGUUGAAUGAAGUCAAGUGGUUCAACAUUCUGUUCCACACGACGCUGACGUUAGCGUUGGUGGUGACGCUGGCCGGGGUCGCAUUCCUGAUGGACACGAAGCCCUCGCGCUGGGCCGCCAUCGUCUACGGCUCCCUCGACCGCACUCUCAUCGCCCUCUGCUUCAACGUCUUCUUGUUGGGCUGCUUUAGCAAUUGCAAAUCGGUUGUUCGCGACGCGUUGUCGUGGCGCGGCUUCCACACGCUGGGCCGGCUCUCCUACUGCGUGUUCAUCGUGCACUUCAUCGUCAUGCGCAUGUCUGUGGCCAGCAACACGCAGAUCGGACACAUCUCCUUCUACUCACUGAUUUCAUUGUUAAUAGUGAGCUCGGUCCUAUCAUACGUGGUCGCCAUACCGGUGUAUCUGUUGAUAGAGUCGCCGUUUAUACAACUUUGGAAAGCGCUGCUCGGCGGAAACAAGAAGAAAGAAGACAGUAAACAACAACCUACCAAAUUAACUGUUAUUAAAACCAGAAGUAAACGAAAUGAUAUCAAUGAAGUUUAAUAUUCAUCGUGAUGUUGUGUUAGUCAUUUUAGAAGCUGUUGAAAGGAGCUAUAUCUCGGUACAAAGACUAUUUUAGAAGUAGUUAUAAGUAUGUAUGUAAGUAGUAAUACUACUUUAGAAGUUUUUUCGUUUCGAACUGUUUGGCUUUGGAUGUAGAAGUAAGGUUU